AUGCCCGCCAAGAUGCCCCAGUACUCGGAAAUCGAGGCCAUCGACACUCCCAACGAUGCUAUGACUGAGUCUGGCUAUGUUUCCGGUGGCUCUAGUGAAGACUAUACUCCCGAGAUUGUCUUCACAAAGCCCCAUCUGCAGUUCUUGAACCGCCAGUUGCAGUUCCUCGAGCCUCAAGAUAUCCUAAGAUGGUGUAUCACAUCACUCCCUCAUCUUUUCCAGACCACUGCCUUUGGUAUGACAGGCCUGGUUACCCUAGACAUGCUGUCCAAGUUGGAUGUUCCCCGCCCUCAGAUGGUGGACUUGGUCUUCCUGGAUACACUUUAUCACUUUGAGGAGACCCUCAACUUGGUCGACCGGGUCCGCAAGCGUUACCCUUUGAACAAUGUCCAUGUUUACAAGCCUGCUGGUGCUGAGAACGCUGCCGAGUUCGAGUCCAGAUAUGGUGCUCGGCUUUGGGAGGCUGAUGACCAACUCUACGACUGGGUUGCCAAGGUUGAGCCUGCCCAGCGUGCCUACCGCGAACUCAAUGUCCACGCCGUUCUGACUGGUCGCCGCCGCAGCCAAGGUGGCAAGCGUGGUGACCUCGACGUCAUCGAAGUCGACGAGGCCGGUCUUAUCAAGAUCAACCCUAUGGCUAACUGGUCCUUCGACCAGGUCAAGCAAUAUGUCCAGGAGAACAACGUCCCAUACAACGAACUCCUCGACCGUGGCUAUAAGAGUGUCGGUGACUGGCACUCUACCCAGCCCGUCGCUGAUAACGAGGACGAGCGCUCUGGUCGCUGGAAGGGUCAGCAGAAGACCGAGUGUGGUAUCCACAACCCUCGCUCCAAGUAUGCCCAGUAUCUGAUGGAGAUGGAGCGCAAGCGUCAGGAGGAAGCCUUGACAUCUGCAUUGCACUCCCAGCUCACUGCUGCCCAAUGA